AGAUGCAUAUAAUUUUCAUAUUGUUGAUAGAUUGAUUUAGGCCGAGUGGAAAUUUUGUUUGGAAAAUAAGUGAAACCAAUUAUUUUCAUAAAUAAAAUAAAAGAAGUGUAAAAGAACAAUGCGAGAAACAUUGCAUGUUUGUGGCAAAAUAUUAACGACGGAUGAUUACCACUUUUUUGCUCUUUGCUGUGAAAAAUGUGAUGCUUCCUUCGGUCAGUGGUCAGGAUUUCUGAAACAUUUGAGCAAUAAACAUGAUCUUGAUUUGCCGCUAAUCAACACAUUUAUAAGGGAGGAUGAGCAAAAUCCAGAAUGUGAUGAAAUAUCUAUUAAAGCGACUUUGAAACAAGAAAUGGAAAAUGAGCUAAAUAAACAAAUAAAAGUUGAUGCAGCAGAAUAUGAAAGUAAUGGGGAUUUUAGCGACAGUGAACCCGAAGAUAAUGCGAAAAAAGUUGAGUCCAAUGAUGACGGUCAAGACAAUGAUUGUGUUAGCACUAAAUCGGAUGAGUCGACAGGUGCUUGGAAUAUGGCGGAGGACAACAAUCAUUUGAACUCAUCUAGUGAAGGAGAACUAUUCCAAGAUUCCAAGAAAAAGCUUAAAGCGUUUAAUUUUAAUAUCCACGAAGCAUAUACUCGGGAUAUAUCGAAUAAAUUUCUUAAAAUAAUAGAAAAAUAUCCAAUUUUAUGGAAUCAACAGCAUUCGAAUUAUUGGUUGCCUGAAAAACGCACCCGCGUACUUUAUUCGAUUAAAGAAUAUAUGGCCAAAGUGGGUUACACAGUUAGUGAUUAUGGAUUGCGCAGCAUAAUUCAACGCAUUUUACGCGAUCAUAAAGCUUAUAAGCAAGAACUUGCGGUUUGUGGACGCUUAGAUGAACGUAAAACGUUGUUUUUAAAGAAAUGUAAAUUUUUGGAGGGCCCACAGAAUGGCGGUGCUAUUGCAAAUGAAGCAGAAAACGAUUCAGAUGUUGAUGACCAUCCGAUUCAUGAUGACUUAGAUGAUGAUGAAUUUCUUUUGAGCUCCGAUAUCGAUUCAAAUGCUGGAAACAAUCCCUCUGAAAUAAAUGCAUUUUUAAAAGAUUCGCGUGAUGGUAAACGAAUCUGUUUUAAUAUGACUGUAAAUCCACUUAUUGAUGAGUUCGUCAGUUUGCUGCGUGACAAUCCAGUAUUAUGGGAAGUGGGACAAUUUCAAAAUUUAACCGAGCGUAAACGCAUUUUGGAGUCAUGGAUACCUAUUUUUCAGGAACGUCACAAUGUCAUCUUUACUUAUAAAGAUCUUACAUUGAACUUAAAGAUCUUACGUAGAACACUCACAAACAUGGAAGAACGCAAAGUAUUGGCUAAAUCUGCGCAACAUCUCAAGGAUAUCUGUAGUUUCCUGCCUAAAGCCAAACCAAUUACACGUCUCAAAUGUGAAGAAUGUAAUCGUAAUUUUCUCACAGAAUACACCUUGCAAGCUCAUAGGUACGCCGCACAUAAUAUUGGCACCAAUCCUUUCAAAUGUGAGGUGUGUGGCCGUGAUUUUCAAGCACACAAUCAGUUAGAUACACAUUUGCGUCGAGUGCAUCUCAAACAGUUUUCGGUUUAUUGUGAUGUCUGCAAUCGUGGUUUCUUGCAGCAUAGUGCAAUGGUGCUACAUCGUCAAACCCACACUGGUGAGAAAAUGUUCGUAUGCGAAACAUGUGGUAAAUCAUUUAGGCGGAAGAUUAAUAUGCAACAACAUUAUAUGCGUAUACAUUUGCGUCAGCGCAAUUUCAAUUGUGAACUGUGCCCGAAAACAUUUUAUUUAAAAUGCCAUCUACGCGAUCACAUGAACGCUCAUUUAAAUAUCCGUAAUCAUAUUUGCCCCACCUGUGGCAAAGCUUUCCACAGUAGUCAUGCACUAAUGCGACAUAAGCAAAUACAUUCGGAGGUUAAGCGUUAUGCUUGCAAGCUUUGUGAUGCACGUUUCCAUCAGUUUGUGGGUCUGAAUUCACAUAUGAAGAAUAAACAUAAAUUUGUAAAUGAUAAGGAUGAGGAAGUGCAAACUCAGCCUGUGGUUCAUAUGACAACGCUGCCAGCCAAUACAACGCCAGAUACUUCCAUGCAAAUCAAAGGUGAAGUUGUGCAGUCUUUGGAUAGUUGGAAUAUGUAAAUAUAAAAAAUUAAUUUAAGAUACGUUUAGUGCUUUCUUGUUGGUUCUUUUUGCAAUUUUAGCAAAUGAAUUUAAAUUUUUUGCUUUAAUGCAAAAUAUUUUGUGUGCAAAUUAAUCGUCUGAUGUAAACGACCAAGAAAGUUGAAGACAUUCAGUGACUAAUAAACCAAAGUAGUUUUAAAUGCCAUUAAACCACAUUUUCAAAUGAUUUAUACCGUAGAAUAAUAUAUGUAGUUAGUUUUUAUUCAUGUAAUUAAAUAUUAUUUUGUAAUAUGAUUAUCAUAUUAAUUGGAAGCAAAAAGAUUUUAACUAACUUCCUAGUGUGCAGAUGCUAUGGAAAUUAAACUAUCGAGCGUGUAAACGCUUUUCUCGGUUCAAUAUACAUAUACAUACAUAUGUACAUACAUAUAUGUUAUCCAAUAAUGUUUCAAUUUUAUUAUUUACUGUCAAUAAAACCUUAGAGAUGUUACCAUUC